GUACGAUGCGCAGGAUGCGGAAAAGAAGCCCCUGGACACCUGGAGCGAGAGUGCGGAACCAGGCCGAUGAAGCGACACGUAUCCGCACCACCUGAAGAACCUGCGCGACGCGUGGGGGUGGUCGUCGACAAUGUGUUCCUCGAAGGAAUCAUCAACGAGGCGAAGGAGAGGAAGGAGAAAGAAAGGCAGACGAAAGCGAUACCCAUCCCUCCACCGCGUAGCGCUAACCCCGAACCCCCCGCCAGUCCCGUCGCGGGACCCUCGCGCCCCUGCCCCGAUACACCCGUCGUCUUUCGCAAAGUCGACCCCGACUGGACACCCGACACCACUCAAUGGACGUGGGACAGCUCCUGGCCGCAUCAGAAGCACCUCUCUGGUGAGGAAUGGAAGAAUGUAGGGAGGAACGCGCGCAAGGAGUGGUUCGACGAAGAGGAGGACGACAGCGUAGAUUGGGAGUUGUAUGGAGAUGGUGAGCAAUGUGUUUGCAAGACCAUGCUCAUCUUGCUGCUAGCGGGCAUUGCCACAUCAGAGUGUGAAGAAGAUCUCAAUGCAUCUAUUUACACAAGAAUCAUGAAAAAAAGUGCAGUGCUUCACAUCAGGAAACCACCACUCCAGCUUGGGCAGGCUUACUAA